AUGGAUGACUUCUCAGUUUGUUCCCCCAAUGCAUCUGUCUGCGAAGCUGACUCCUGCCUGGUAUCUGAGGAAGACUCCAAUAGAAUUCUCAGUACAGUGCUCAGCAUUGUGCUAACCAUCCUCCUGGCCAUGGUGAUGUUCUCCAUGGGGUGCAACGUGGAGUUCCAGCAGUUCCUGGGGCAUAUAAAGCGUCCAUGGGGCAUUUUUGUGGGCUUCCUCUGUCAAUUUGGAAUCAUGCCCCUCACUGGCUUCAUCCUGUCUGUGGCCUUUGGCGUCCUCCCUGUGCAGGCUGUGGUGGUACUUAUUAUGGGCUGCUGCCCUGGAGGGACUGCUUCCAAUGUCCUCGCCUAUUGGGUGGACGGUGACAUGGACCUCAGCGUCAGCAUGACCACAUGUUCCACGCUGCUUGCCCUUGGAAUGAUGCCCCUUUGCCUCUUCAUCUACACCACGAUGUGGGUUGACUCCGGGUCCAUCGUGAUUCCCUACGAUAACAUAGGUAUUUCUCUGGUUGCUCUGGUUAUUCCUGUGUCCUUUGGAAUGUUUGUGAAUCACAAAUGGCCACAAAAAGCAAAGAUCAUACUUAAAGUUGGAUCCAUCGCGGGCGCAGUUCUCAUUGUGCUUAUUGCUGUGGUCGGAGGAAUACUGUACCAAAGUGCCUGGAUCAUCGAACCCAAACUAUGGAUUAUAGGGACAAUAUUUCCUAUAGCUGGCUACUCCCUGGGGUUCUUCCUGGCUAGAAUAGCUGGUCAGCCCUGGUACAGAUGCCGAACGGUUGCCUUGGAAACAGGGAUGCAGAACACUCAGCUGUGCUCCACCAUUGUGCAGCUCUCCUUCAGCCAGGAGGAUAUCAACCUGGUCUUCACCUUUCCACUCAUCUACACCGUCUUCCAGCUUGUCUUUGCAGCGAUAUUAUUGGGAAUUUAUGUUGGAUACAAGAAAUGUUGUGGGAAAAAUAAUGCAAACUUUUCAGAAGAAAAGGAAAAGGAACCCGAGUCAUCGUCUCAUACGACGAAUGCAGGAUUUCAACCAGAUGAGAAGUAA